GGGGGGGCUCUUUUGCCAUUUUUUCCAUCUCUCUCUCCCCUUCUCUGUCUCUCUCCCUCUCUCUCUCUCCCUCCAUCCACCUCUCUCUCACUCUCUCUCUUUUUUCCUCAGCUCUCCUUUCUCAAAAAAGCCAUGACGGCGAUCCCGCGAUCCAUCUUCGCCUCCGCGCCAUCUUUGUAUUAAUUCUAAUUUAUUUUUAUUUUAAAUUUUUUUUAUAUAUAUAUAUAUAUCUAUAUAUAUAUAUACUAUCCACACGCACGCACACAUUUUGUGUCCCCGUUUUUGUGGAUGUCACAGGCGUUGGAUGAAGACGUUUUCUUGCCCCAGCGGAGUCUCCUCUCCUCUCUAACCCCGGCUCUCCCCGAUGUGAUCCGCCGCCGCUGCAGCCGCUGCCAGCCACCAUGUCUCGCCGCAAGCAAGGCAAACCCCAGCACUUGAGCAAACGGGAUUUUUCGCCAGCCGAGCCCCUCUCCGCGGCUGCCAUCUCAUCGGAGGAGCUAUCAGAGCGCUGCUCGGAGAACUCGGAGGAGAGCGGCAGCCUCAACAACGGCCACCGCCCCGGCUCCACUGUGAGCCGGCUGGCCCGGCUGGGUCAUGACCCCCACGCCUCCCCAGAGCAGGACCUGCUGACGUGCGGCCAGUGCCAGGCCACCUUCCCGUUGGCGGACAUCCUGCUCUUCAUCGAGCACAAGCGGAAGCGAUGCCACGGGCCGCCGUGCCUGACCGUGGGCCGGGGGCUGGACAAGCCGCCCUCGCCCUCCCCGGGCCUGGCCCUCACCCCGUCCCCCGCCCUGGGUGCCCUGCGCGGCCGGAGGCCCGUGGAGGUGGGCGUCCAGGCCACGCUGGCGGAAGACGACGACGACAACCGGUUCACGCUGCCCCGGGGGAUUUGCCCCAAACAGGAACCUCUGCCAGGUAAGGAGGAGCCGACCACCUACACCUGCACUACGUGCAAGCAGUCGUACGGCAGCGCUUGGUUCUUGCUGCAACACGCCCAGAAUAACCACGGCUUCCGCAUCUACUUGGAAAGUGAACACGGCAGCCCUCUGACGCCACGCAUGGGUGGACCCUCCUCUUUGGGUGGAGGCGCAGACUGCCCGUCUCAGCCCCCGCUUCAUGGCCUCCAUUUGCCCCCAGAUGCAAGCCCCUUCAACCUCCUGCGCAUCCCCGGCUCGGGCUCAGGUGGACGGGACAGCAUUGGGCUUGGGGGUGGAGUCGGUGCUGUUGCCACAGCUGGUGGGGGCCAUCUUCAGCGAUUCCCUCCCACACCGCCUCUUUUCAGCCCGCCUCCGAGGAACCACUUGGACCCCCAUCACCUGAGCCCAGAGGAGCUGGCGCUGGCAGCCCACCACCCGAGUGCCUUUGACAGGGUGCUGCGCCUCAAUCCUCCUCUUCCCCUGGACCCACCUCCUACCAUGGACUUCUCACGGCGGUUACGGGAGCUGGCGGGCAACGCCUCAGGGUCCACUCCCCCUUUGUCCCCCAGCCGACCCAGCCCCAUGCAACGCUUGCUCCAGCCAUUCCAGACAGGGGGAGGAAGUGGAGGAGCAGCAGGUGGAGGAGCAGGGGGCAGCAAACCUCCAUAUCUUGCUACCCCACCUCCUCUUCCAGGUUCCCUGCAGUCACCUGUGGGCUCACAGACUACCCCGACUCCCCUUAUUCCUUCAGGAGAGGUGACACCCUCCUCCACCAACCCCUUGAAAUCAAAGUGUUGUGAAUUUUGUGGCAAGGCCUUCAAGUUCCAGAGUAAUCUAAUUGUGCACAGGCGCAGUCACACGGGAGAGAAGCCGUACAAAUGUCACCUGUGUGAUCAUGCUUGCUCACAGGCGAGUAAACUGAAACGUCACAUGAAGACUCACAUGCACAAAUCCUCCUCUCCGAAUGCAAGCAAGUCAGAGGACGGGCUCUCGAUGGCCUCCUCUCCAGAGCCUGGCACCAGCGAGCACAUGGGUAGUGCAAGCAGUGCUCUAAAGUCAGUCGUGGCCAAGCUGAAAAGUGAGAAUAACCGCUUGCGAAGGGAAAACGGUGAGGAGGAGGAAGAGGAAGAAGAGGAGGAGGAGGAGGAGGAAGAGGAGGAGGAAGAAGAGGAGGAAGAGGAAGAAGAAGAAAUAGAGGAGGAAGAGGAUCAAAAUGGAGAGAGGGCACCCAGAAGAAACAACAGCUACCACUUUGGUUUGAAUCUUGAAACAGCACGGCAGCAUGAAAACAACGGCGUCAUCGGAACCCGACUUGGAAGUUUGGCCGAUGACGUAUCCAUCCCUCGAUCAUUACCCGAGGUGAUGCAGGGAAUGGGUCUGGCCGCAAGCAUGCAGCACUUCAGCGAAGCACUUAACGCACACAAACGGAACGCCAUGGCCCAGGAGAACCACCUUCACCACCACCUCAACAGAGACCACCACCACAAUCGUGACAUGUGUGAUGGAGUCUCUGUCCUGGAAACGGAUCGUGGGGAGGAAGGUUCUGUCUCGACAGUAAAUGGGCGGGGAGCGUCCCCCAAUGAAUCGGCCUCUGUCGGCCUCUCUAAGAAACUGCUUCUAGGUAGCCCCAGUCCAAUCAGUCCUUUCUCCAAACGUAUCAAGCUGGAAAAGGAGUUUGACCUGCCCACACCCACGAUCCCUAACACAGAGAACGUCUACUCCCAGUGGUUGGCAGGUUAUGCCGCCUCCCGACAACUCAAGGACCCUUUUCUGAACUUUGGGGAUUCCAGACAAUCGCCGUUCACCUCUUCGUCAGAGCAUUCUUCAGAGAAUGGCAGUCUGCGUUUCUCGACUCCUCCGGGGGAAUUGGACGGUGGGAUGUCGGGCCGCAGCGGCACCGGCAGUGGGGGCAGCACCCCGCACCUUGGAGGUCCCGGGCGGCCCAGCUCCAAGGACAGCCGCAGGUGUGACACUUGUGAGUACUGCGGCAAAGUGUUCAAGAACUGCAGUAACCUCACGGUACACCGACGCAGCCACACGGGGGAGAGACCGUACAAAUGUGAGCUGUGCAAUUACGCUUGUGCGCAGAGUUCCAAACUGACACGCCAUAUGAAGACCCACGGUCAGGUGGGCAAAGACGUGUACAAGUGUGAGGUUUGUCAGAUGCCCUUCAGUGUCUACAGCACCCUGGAGAAACACAUGAAAAAAUGGCACAGUGACCGUCCUUUGAGUACCGAAAUAAAAUCUGAGUAGAAGGCCGAACUUAUGGGACCUUUUUCCCCCCCCACACAGCUAUGUCCGCCAUUAGUCCCCUGUUUAUUCCCAGCUCCUUGUAGAUUUGCCCCAAAACCCCAAACACUCCACUUUCACCAGUCCGGUGGAAGCUUAAGACCAUGUGCUCUGCACCAGCACACCCCGCCUCCAUUACCCAUUGAAUGCAUGAUCUGUAUCGGGGCAAUACUCUUGCAUUGACGCAAAACUUUGAGCCUUUCUCUUGUGCAAUAAUUUACAUGUUGUGUACAAUUUUCUUUUCUUUUUUUUUAUUUCUGAGUUUUUUCCGUUUCCAUUUUUAAGAAUUAGUCAGCAUGCAUAGUAUGUUUUUGCUAAUUGAAAAAAAAAGAGAAAAGAACUUGUCCCUGGUUGAUUACUUGUUGAGUAAAUGUGUUGCUGUUUUUUCCUCUUGUUCUGUUUUUUUCUUUUUAUUCUCCAAAAAGAGAAAAGACAAGAAAGAGACAUCCAUGCUGCAUACAUUCUGUGACACAUAUCAUGUACAGUUUGGUUUUGUAAACAUGGAAGGUGAGCAAUCUUUGCCCUCUUCUUACAACCCUGGAAAAUGCACUUAUCCUGAUCUUUCUAAAAGACACCAUGUUCACACAGGGUUUUAAAAAAAGAAAAGAAGAAAGAACACAAAAUCAAACAUUAGCUUGAUAACUACACGUAAAAUUAACGACAGCCUUCAAACAUUUCUUUAAAAAAGACAAGGGUGAGCUCGAAAUUCGUACUAUCAUUUGGUUUAAAACUAAACAAAAAAGAAAGAAAGAAAGAAAGAGUGCCUUUGAUAUUACGUGACUGCAUUGGCUGUAAUCUUAUCUGGUAUAAGUUUGGGGUCAUGCUAGAUAAAGCUAAAAGGUUCAAGCCACCCGGGUUAAGGUUCUUGCAUCAAGUACCUGACUGCUCAAAUGGGCUGUGACAACUAACGAAAGAUCUCAUCAAUCAUCAUUUAGCUACCUAUUACAUGUUCAAUAGGCUUAAUCUUUGAUGUGUGGAAUUCAUGGCAAGCAUGGUACAAGCAGUAUUGUGUAUAUCUGAAUUAUUAUGUUGUUUUUUUUGUUUUGUUUGUUUGUUUGUUUCUGGUAAGGAGAUAAAUCUGUAACGUACAAUCCCUGCUCUUGAGGGAUACGACGCAUGGACGGACGGCGGAGGACGUGUCGUGUAUCUGCGUUAGCACAAACCUACACAACAACAACAGAAAAACAAAAAAAGCUACUUUGAUAUAUGUCAGUCAGUCAGUGUGUGGAACAAUGCAUACGGGAACGUAAAUAUGAGCGCUACGCGAGGCUAACUUUAUGAAACGGAGACAGAAAGCUACACAGAACUGAAAGCUACAUACGUACAACGGAGGAUUUCCCCUUCACUUGCAUUGCUAGUAUCAAAAACAGGGUUAUUAACUAUGAAUUGCAGACAAAAAAAGGAUAGCUGCACUCUUGAAAAGAGUGACAAUGCGGUAAAUUUAAUCAGUGUGCAUAGGCUAAUGCAGGGCACAUGUUUGCUGUUUCCUACUUUUUGUUUUACACCCAAAAAGAAGGGUACUUUUUCCUGUUAUUUUUGGUUUUUUUGUCCAUGUCGAGUCUCAUUCAAGCUGUUGAUAGCAUCGCACUUGUCACGCUGACACCUCUCUUUCAUUGUCCCACACUGAUGCAAUGUUGGUACACGAGUUAGGUCUCAAAGCUAUCGCUUGACAUUUAUACAUGAAGUGCACUGUUUCGAUUUUUUUUCUCCCAGUUUACAAGUUUAUGCUGAAGUGGGAGGGAGGGAAGGGGGGAGUAAAGAAUUGUUGAAAUGCUGUCAGAUAACGUGGGUGAUGGCACACAGAGGCCGCAGUCCCAAACCACUCCCUACCCACUAACCACUUCACUACAACUGUGAAGGACACUCAUGAUUCAGGGCAGAAGGUCACCAUCAUUGAGCAAUCAACACGUGCAACAUGAGAUGUGGCAACAGAUUGCGGGAUUGCUAAAAAAAAGCACCAGAAAUCAAACAACUAUAGAGACAGACGCGGGGCAACAGCAACAGCUAAAGCAAGAUUGCUGCAACCAUGAAAAGUUUCAAGAGCAAAAUCUGUUGCUAAAAACAGCAAUGUGAUGUUCAGUAGUUUGACGGGAUAAACACUUCCUGUCCCCGCCCGCCCCUGCUCUCCUGCUGUAUACACACAAACGCUCCCUCAGAGAUAGUUAAAUUUCCAACUUUUAACUUUUAAUAAUG